CCUCUUAGCAUGUGUUCAUGAUAUACUUUGACUUAGGUUGCUGGAGGGAAUAUGGUUCUGGGAACACAGUUCUCUGAGUUAACAAAAUUAGUUUUUCCCUGUCUUUCAUUUUCCUGAAGUUGCUCUCUCUUUUUCUGUAGAUCAUCUUCACUGAAUGAGGCUGCCUAUUUCUGGUAGUUCUGGUACUUCAGAAGGCAUCUGUUUUCUACUCCUAUACCCUACAAACGUGCCUCGCACAGAGGCCGAGGACCGAGGAAUCUGCCUGAGACUUGAAGAUCUUAAAGGUCUUUUCCAACCUACAAACCCAACCAACUGUAAAUGAAACUUUUGCAAGUGGUUACAACCUUCAUGUUGUUUGCAAAAAUUGUGUUUUUGGAACAAAGUGAUCAGCAAGAGCAACUGGCUGAGAAGUGGGGUUUCAAAGCAUCUGACAUAAGACAACUGAGUAAACAUGAAUUCUUCAUGCCAGGAUUGGUUGAUACACACAUUCACGCCCCUCAGUAUUUAUUUACUGGUACAAGAGUAGACCUGCCUCUUUUGCAGUGGUUGACUACCUACACGUUCCCAACAGAAGCCAAAUACCAAGACAGUGGUUUUGCAGAAGAAGCAUACACCAGAGUUGUUAGACGAACUCUAAAGAAUGGCACGACUACAGCUUGCUACUUUGCAACAAUUCACACAGAUACUUCUCUUCUUCUUGCUGAAAUUAUAGAUAAAUUUGGUCAACGAGCGUUUGUUGGAAAAGUCUGCAUGGAUAUGAAUGACAGUGUGCCACAGUACAAAGAGAUUACUGCUGACUGUGUCCAAGAGACAGAAAGGUUUGUUAAAGAACUGCUGGAAAAGAAAUAUCCACGAGUACAACCUGUAAUAACUCCCCGCUUUGGCCCUUCCUGCACAGAGGACUUGCUGUGUGCACUUGGAGAUUUAGCACAGGCUCGUGAUCUCCAUGUGCAGAGUCACAUAAGUGAGAAUGAAGAAGAAGUCAAACUUGUGGAGAACAUGUUUCCUGCGUACAAGAAUUACACUGAUUUGUAUGAUAAAAACAAGCUGCUAACCAGCAAGACAGUGAUGGCUCAUGCCUGUUAUCUUUCUGAAGAAGAGUUGAAACUUUUUAGUCUUCGUGGAGCUGCAAUUUCACAUUGCCCCAAUUCUAACUUUUCGUUGCGCAGCGGUGUCUUAAAUGUGCGAAAGGUCCUGGAACACAAUGUGAAGCUUGGUCUUGGCACAGAUGUUGCUGGUGGAUAUUCCGCUUCUAUGCUUGAUGCUAUCAGGAAAGCAAUGGUGGCAUCUAAUAGCCUUCAGAUCAAUAAAGUCAAUGAAACAGGACUAACUCUUGGAGAAGCUUUUCAACUUGCCACUCUGGGAGGAAGCCAAGCUCUAGGACUAGAUGAUGUGAUUGGAAACUUCGAGGUGGGCAAAGAAUUUGAUGCUCUGCUAAUCAACACGAAGGCUUCAGAUAGCCCUUUUGACUUGUUCGCUGCUGAUAAUUUUGAGGACAUUCUCCAGAAGUUCCUGUAUCUAGGUGAUGAUCGGAAUAUUUCCGAAGUGUAUGUGGCUGGAAAGCAAGUGGUUCCUUUCUCAAGCUCUGUAUAAAUCCAUUUGCCAUUUGCAAAAUACUCUGCUGAUCAUUCUCCAUCUGAUCUGGAAAAGAUUGAUUAAACACAGUGCCUGAUCAUCAGGAAUGACAUCUCAUUUUUGUUUAAUGUUAUGUUAUAAAAUUUACAAACAUUAAAGAUUUUGUUAGACCUUUCAAGAGUUACUUUACCAAAAUUGUCAUAGUUCUAGAGUUCUAUUUAAAUUUCACUGCAAAAAUAGCAUUUUUGCAUUGAUAGGGGAUUUGAUAAAUACCUUAAUUAAAGAGGACACCUGCUGUUCUGUUUAAUAAUAGUAUAGGAAGCAUUAUAUGGAACAAUGAGAUACUCGUUGACUAUAAUGCAUAUAAAUUAAAAUAAAAUCACUUCUAGUAAAUAGAUUUUGCAGCUAAGGAAUAUCAUGAAAGAAGGCAAUUUCCGUAGUAUUAUCACCAGGUAUGGAAAAAAAUUGGGGAAUUUAGAACAGUUUCCAGUUUUUCUUAGGAACUUUUUAAAAAAAGAAAAAAGAAAAAAGUAAUUAUUUAAUUUAAAAUGUUAUUUUUUAAGAGGAAUUAAGUAAGAAGUGUGUAUUUAUAAAUAAUUCAGGGUCCUUAUCAUAGAGUUUAGAAUUACCAUUUGUAGUCAGACACUUCAUUGAAUUACCUUCAUGUGAGCGACAGCUGAAUCAAACCUGCUAAAUAAGAAGCAGGGAUUAAGAUAUCUAUGCAGGCUACACAAUGGUCAACAAAUUAAGAGAGUGUUCUGGACUAGAGGGAGUGCUCCAUCUAGUUCAACCUCCUGCAAAAUCUUCCCAAACUCAUUUACUCCUGGCUGUUCAGAUGGGAUGAUAUGAUGCCCCUUCUCCUUUCUGUAAGGGAAGUGAGCGCAUUUAAAAAAUAUUCAAGAGAAAUGGGCUCUUUCUGGCCAUUAUCACCUUUGACUUGAGGUGAAGAUUGUCACUGGAAAAAAGCAGCUCAGCUCCGCUGUGCUCUUUGUGUCUUUCAACAUGGCAGUCAUACUUUCAGCUCUGUACAAUUCUGGGUAUAAAAUAUGCCCUUUUGGUUUUAGAAAUCUGUGUGACUUCCUUUCCUGAAAAAAACGUAUUUCCCUACUUUUUAUCAGAGCCUUUUUUUUUUAAAUAAGAUUUUUUUGAGGAGGGAAUUGCUUCUUGUUUCUCUGUUAUGUUUUUGCAACACAAAGGAUGUAAGCUUUAAUUUCAGUGUCAUUAGAACAAUAUUGUGUCUAGAUACUAUAAAUAUGGGUUGAAUAUGGUUUUAAGGCCUGCUUCAAACUUCUUCGAUUUCACUAAAGUUUGUUUUGCACUUUUAUCUCACUGCCUGGGGAUAUAGGACUUCCCUCUGUUCACAAAACAAGGGAGGUCACUGCACCAAAGUUUCACUUCAUGUCUACUUCAGAGAGAGUGCUUGGCCCAAAAUCACUCAUAAUGUUCUGAUUUUAAAAGCAUUUUCAGAGCCUAUGUAUCAUUAUGAUUAUAUCUACACAAGACAGCAUAGCAUCAAGGGGAAAUGUAAUAGCUAAUUUGGGCACUUAAAGCAGUACAGUCUGCCCAGUGUGUUUUUUUUGCUGAAGCUGAGGGGCCCUACUAAACAGCAGGGAACAGUCCUGCAGUCCUGCAGCUGCAUGGCACACUGAGAGUUCACUCAGGUGUUUUCCCAGGGUGCUGCAUUGAGCUGCUGCUUGGCUGAGAUACAGCCUCCCUACCCAUUGAGUUCAAUCAUUCCUGAGGCUUUAGGAGUAAAGAUGUAAGGAUUCAGAUUUCCACAUUCCAUCGGGGUGUUUUCUCAACCAUUUUGUUUCUCAUGUGUCCCAAUCACCUACACAGUAGCACAGUCAUUUGGCAAAUACAAUCUUCAGCUUUUUAACUUGGUUUCCUGAUUCAGGGAGAACUUUUUCUCAUGAAUUUUGACAUGAAUUUAAUUGACCAGAUUUCACUUUCCAAAACCAAAGAUGUGUGAGACACAUGUUUUAAUCCUCCCAGUUACUGUUUGAAACUAUUUUUAGGCAGUUACAUGGUUUCCAACUUUGUCUUUUCUGCAAGAAUAUUUUCUGUUGUGAAGAAAGAUCACACAGCCUUGUAUACAAUGUAUGCUAGUGCUCUACUGCUAUGCCUCCAGAGCUAUGAAUUAAAUCAGUGCUUUUAUUUUAGUGGUAGUCUUAACUGUCUCUGACUUAAUUGUUUUUCCAUUAUUUUGUGGUGUUGUUAAGAAAGAGAUUCAGGAUUUCUUUUUAAAAUAUGUGGGUGUGGAGAGGUUGCUUGUUUGCAAACUGGAAUACAGAAGAACUUUGACAAGUUCAAGACUACACUGCUGACCCAGUUACAAAGGGACUCCCUAGGAUAACUGCUCCGAUGAGCUUUGUAUUUGACUAUUUGCUGUGUCAUGAGCAGUUGGAUAUUUGUUAAAUUCAGGAACAAGAUAGGAAUUCAGCCUACCUUUAUAUAGCUACCUAUAGCUUUACUAGUGUCUAGUAUCCAGACUUUACCCAGACUUAGAAGUGGAAAAUUAACUUUUUAAGAAUCUCAGCUGGAGGAGGAGCUCUGCCUGCAGGUAAUGCCAUGGGCUGCCUGCACCACCCUGCAAUGCCCAAGACAAGGAGGAGCGAGGACCAAGAUUAUGCUGAGGUGCUUAGGGGUAAAGAAAAGAAUUCUGACUUUGAUAUUUGAGAAAACCAGUGGUGGCUUCAGAUAACAAAUAAAUUGUGAGGGUCUUUUGACAGCAACAUCUUAAUUAGAAUUGAAUGGAAAAAUAAUGUAUGCCAAAAAAAACCCAAUUAAAUGGAGUCAUCUGAGGCAGUCCCAAAAGCUUGUUCAGUGGAAAAUGGCUUAUGCACAGAAAUUUUAAGGUUUUAGGUCAUACAGAGAAGUAUUUAGUAGUCAUACUUCUCUGAAGUAAUUUUGGGAAAGUCACUGAGGAUCCCACGGAGAAGUUUUGGUCCUUGGGACUCUCUACCUGUGUGCAUUGCCAAGAUACUUAUUACAGUUGGGGAGGAUCAGUAGAUGAAAGCAGUUACUGCUGAGACUUGUACAUCUACACUAUGUGCAACUCAAGACUACAUAUAUUAUGUUUCCUUGGACAAAUGCCUCAACUGUAUAUGCAGUUUGAAGCAGGCCAAAUAAUGGGUUCAGAUUCUUAGUCUCUCUUUUAGAGACUGGAGUGUAUUUGAAAGGCAGCUGAGCCUCCACCGUAGUUUCCUCCAAAAUAAGCUUAAUUCUUGUGUACGAAAAUCACCCUGCAAACUGAACCAAGGUUCAGUAAGGGGCGAUGAUUGGGAAUUCACUUCAGAACAGCAUUAUUGUCUCAAAGCAAAAUGCUAAUGGAGACUAGACUUCGAAUGUUCUCCCUCCAUCCUUACUGUCACAGAACUUAGUAGCUGAAUACAAAGUGAAGCAACUCUCUUCCCCUUUCCUGCAUUUUCCUCACACCAAAAAAAACCAAAAAAAAAGGGAAAAGAAAAGAAAAAAAAAA